CACUUUCCUCUCUAUCCACUAAAAAGCUCAUGCGAGAGGUAGCAGAGCUCUGACUUACGCGCCUGCCUCAGCACGGGUUUCAAAAUGAAACUGCUAAACUGAUUAAAUAUAUGGUGUACAGAAUAAAAGAACAAACAAGAAAAAAGAACAGCUUGUGGAUAAAAAGAAACAAAGACAAGUAUCAUAGAACCAUUUCUGGAAGUAACCUGCUUUGGAUUGGAAAGAUUUAAAAAAAGGAACUGGGAGAAUCACUCUGCAUAAGAACAUAAGAAAUGAGCAUGUGGAUUCUGGAAGAAACCUGUCUGGCCUACUUGCAUGACAAAAAGAUACAGUUCUUCUUCUGAUGCCCUUCCAGGUCCAAUGAAAAUGUCAACCAACCUCCAGACGCUUUCUUUGAUUUUAUUCUCAAGAGCCAUUCUGCUUUCACUGAGUGACUCAAACUAUGUCAGAAAGGAAAUCAAGAUAGAGGGAGACCUUGUUUUGGGUGGUCUGUUUCCCAUCCAUGAAAAAGGUGCAGGGAUGGAUGAAUGCGGACGAAUAAAUGAAGACCGAGGGAUUCAACGUUUAGAGGCUAUGUUAUUUGCCAUUGAUGAAAUCAACAGAAACUCAUACUUACUCCCUGGGGUUGUGCUUGGUGUACACAUUCUGGACACAUGUUCACGGGAUACAUAUGCCUUGGAGCAGUCACUGGAAUUUGUCAGGGCAUCACUAACCAAAGUAGAUGAAACAGAGUAUAUCUGUCCUGAUGGGUCAUACGCAAUCCAAGACAACAGCCCCUUAGUCAUAGCGGGUGUGAUUGGGGGAUCCUACAGCAGUGUUUCUAUACAGGUUGCCAACUUGUUGAGAUUAUUCCAGAUCCCUCAGAUAAGCUAUGCCUCUACUAGUGCAAAACUGAGUGAUAAAUCCAGGUAUGACUACUUUGCGAGGACAGUUCCACCUGAUUUUUACCAGGCCAAGGCAAUGGCUGAGAUCCUGAGGGUGUUCAACUGGACAUAUGUCUCCACAGUGGCCUCUGAAGGUGAUUAUGGAGAGACAGGGAUUGAAGCUUUUGAACAAGAAGCAAGGCUUCGAAACAUCUGUAUUGCCACUUCAGAAAAAGUUGGUAGGUCCAAUGUUAAAAAGUCCUAUGAUACCGUAAUUCGAGAACUGCUGCAGAAACCCACCGCAAAAGUGGUUGUACUCUUCAUGCGCAGUGAUGAUGCAAAGGAGUUACUGGCUGCUGCCAAUAGGCUUAAUACAUCCUUCACAUGGAUUGCCAGUGAUGGGUGGGGAGCUCAAGAAAGCAUUGUCAAGGGGAAUGAGAAUGUGGCAAAUGGGGCAAUAACCUUAGAACUUGCCGCCAACCCUGUUAAGGAAUUUGACAGAUAUUUCCAAACUCUUCACCCUGUGAACAACUUGCGCAACCCUUGGUUCAAGGAUUUCUGGGAACAGAAAUUUCAGUGUGCUUUACAAAAUGGAAAUGGCCAGUUGAAAGCUUGUGAAAAACACAUGUCAAUCGACAGCACUAAUUAUGAACAAGAAUCCAAAAUCAUGUUUGUUAUCAAUGCUGUGUAUGCAAUGGCUCAUGCGUUACACAAGUUGCAGCGGACCUUGUGCUCCAAUACCACUAAGCUGUGUGAUGCCAUGAAACCCCUCGACGGGAAGAAACUAUACAAGGAUUACUUACUAAAAAUCAACUUCAGUGCCCCUUACUGGCCUCCUGAUGCAGACAACGUUGUGAAGUUUGACGCUUAUGGUGAUGGAAUUGGCCGCUAUAAUAUAUUUAAUUUCCAGAAAACUUCUGGAAAAUACUCCUAUGUUAAGGUUGGCCAUUGGGCAGAGACCCUAUCCCUGGAAAAUGACCUGAUUCAUUGGCCCAGAUACUCAGUCCCCACCUCCCAGUGCAGUGAGCCAUGUGCCAGAAAUGAGAUGAAGAACAUGCAGGCAGGGGACUACUGCUGUUGGAUUUGUAUCCCCUGUGAGGCUUAUGAAUACUUAGCUGAUGAGUUCACAUGCAUGGCCUGCAACCCAGGCCAGUGGCCCUCCGAAGAUCUGACAGGCUGCUAUGAUCUCCCUGAAGACUCUAUCAUGUGGGAGGAUGUCUGGGCCAUUGGACCAAUCAGCAUUGCCUGCGUUGGCUUCAUCUGCACCUUUAUGGUUUUGGCAGUCUUCAUCAAACAUGACAACACACCACUGGUUAAAGCCUCAGGCCGUGAACUUUGCUACAUUUUACUAUUUGGUGUCUUUAUGUCCUACUGCAUGACUUUCUUCUUCAUCGCCAAGCCUUCUCCUGCGAUCUGCACCUUGCGUCGCCUAGGCCUUGGAACCUCCUUUGCUGUGUGCUAUUCAGCUCUUCUCACAAAAACAAAUCGCAUUGCCAGGAUAUUCAACGGUGUGAAGGCAGGGACCCAGCGGCCCAAGUUUAUCAGUCCUAGUUCUCAAGUUUUUAUCUGCAUGAGCCUGAUCUCAGUCCAGAUUGUGUUGGUGUCUGUAUGGCUCAUGUUGGAAAUUCCUGGCACUAGAAGGUUUACUCUGCCUGAAAAGAGGGAGACUGUUAUAUUGAAAUGUAAUGUUAGAGACUCCAGUAUGUUAAUUUCAUUGACAUAUGACAUAGUGCUGGUAAUCCUGUGUACUGUGUAUGCCUUUAAGACCAGGAAGUGUCCUGAAAACUUUAAUGAGGCCAAAUUCAUUGGCUUUACAAUGUACACCACUUGCAUCAUCUGGCUGGCUUUCCUUCCUAUCUUUUAUGUGACCUCUAGUGAUUACAGGGUCCAGACCACUACCAUGUGCAUCUCUGUCAGCCUGAGUGGGUUUGUCGUCCUGGGAUGCAUGUUUGCCCCAAAGGUGCACAUCAUCAUGUUUCAGCCACAAAAGAAUGUAACCAGUCAUAGACUACAUCUGAACAGAUUCAGUGUUAGUGGUACAGCGACCACAUACUCACACUCAAAUGUGAGUACUCAUUACGUCCCAACUGUCUGUAACGGGAGAGAAAUCGUGGACUCCACCACAUCAUCUCUGUGACUCGCAUUAAACUGCCUGCUCUCACUUUCAAACUGUUAAGACUGUUAGAAAACAUAUGCACAUAUUGUGCAUUUCAAGUGGGCUAGUAUCAUUUAUGUAGAAAUUGUGUAUUAAAUUAUUUAAGCGAUGUACAUAUAACUGAUAUUGUUGUAGAAACCUGUAUAGAAUGUUUUUAGCAUUUUAUGUUUUUGAUAGUUUUAUUAUACUGUGUAAAUAACCAUGAGUUGUUUUGUCAGUUUUAUUUUGUGGUAAAGGAAUGAUCUGUCACAUUUGCAAUAUUAGUUUUCUUCCCCUCUGUAUUUUUAUUUUUUAUAGGCUUCCUUGAUGUAAUUGAUUUAGCAUUAUGAACAUAUGAGGUUCAUUACCAUAAGCUGGUAGUUUAAACAGCACAAAGUUACAGUAUUACAGAAAGAUACUGUUAAUAAAGAUUGAAUAGAUUAAUAUUCAACUAACAUGAUUUUUUAAAAAUAGGCUUAUUGUGUGAAAAAUAUAUUUUUUGCUAUUUAAUGAUGAAUUUUAGUUGAUGCUUACAAGGUACUGUAAACUUAAAAUUAAUAAUCACAGGUAACAGUUUCAAGUUUAAAUGAAUCUGUAAUAUUAAACACUUAAUCAUAAACUACAUAAUAAGAAACUAAAUUACUGUAAGUGGACCUUUAGGCUAAAGUCUAGACUAAUGCCACACACACACACACACACACACACACACACACACACACACAUAUAUAAUACAUACAUACUGUAAACACACACACACACACCUUUUCUGAGGUAUAUACCUAAUAGGUUACAUAUGAUUAAUAAAAUAUGCAUUGUAUAUGUGUGCCUGAAUUUAAUCAGCAUUGUUUGUUACAAAUGUGGUUAUGUGGAUCCUUGUAAAAAGGUUGUAAGCACUGCAAAAAAGUUGACUACAUGAAGAGCAAUUUUCACUUUUUCACAACUGACAGAUAUUUGGACAUUAGCAAGUAGCAAGCACAGUUACAUGAAUAUGAAUGGGUUUCCAAAUUACUGUAAGAGAUGGAAUUACCAGUCCAAUGUAACACCCAUAAGCAAGGAAGUAAUACACCUCUUUGAUCGAUGCUUGCUUGAUAAAAUUGCAGAUACCCAAAGCUGUAAAUGUUUAUAUUCAAGGUAGUAGUUAUGCUUUUGUCAAUUGAUAAUAUGAACUAUGAUAAUAAUAAUAAAAUUUAAAAAAAAAAACCUUUGUUGUAACGAUGACUUAAAUAAGCAUUACCAAAGCCAUUCACUUUUAUUAAAGAAACAUGACAACAAUAAUAAUGGACAAAUAUAAUAUACACACACACACACACACACAUAUAUUCUUUUAACCAAUUAAUUUUUACAACUCAGCAGAAAAUAUUCACCACAAUACAAAAUAUACAAAAAGUAUAUUCACAUAAAACCAUAUCAGCAUACAAGAUAGCUUUAGAAAUUACUUUUUAACCCUCUUUCUAUUACUUUCUAGUAUAGGAAUAAAAUCGAAGAGUAUUUUUGUAACCAUAUAGCUUUAAAGAUGUGUAAUGAUUUAUUUCCCUAAGAUGAAAAUAAAAAUGUACACAAUUACAAUAAAGAAAAGAACCCCAUGUGCGGACAUACUAUAGAACAGGAAGCUGUGUAUUAUGUCAUGUCAUGCCCCUAAAUACAUUUUUUAUGUCAACACACAUUAAACUUGUUCCUCAUAAUUUGGCUAAUCAGUUUGUGUACUCCUCAUUCAUAUUGCUCCCUGAUGGUACAAUCUACAAGGCUGAAUCCUCAGUUCCCAAAAUGUAAUAUUUACAUUUUCCAGUUAAACAGUAUUUAUCUGGGGAUUAACUUAAAUAUAUUUGUUUUACUGAAAAAUAUCAAUAAGGAGUACAGUCUGUACUGUUGACUCAAAUAUACCGGUAUCAUUAUUUCAAAUUAUAUGUACACAUUUUACUAAGGUACAUUUAAAAUAACUAGUAAAAACCCCAAAUCAAAAUAUAUAUAUUUUUUUUUAAUUUAUUUUUUUAGGGAAUACUGUUAGUGCAGGACAUAACAUGUAAAUGGUGCUUUUGUAUCAGAGAUGAGCGAACACAAAAUAUAUCCAGUAAGAAUACAUCUUAUACUCUUGAUACAAUAUAAGGGACUAUUGAGGGGAAGAAAAGCAGCAUGAAUCCAUUCUCAACCACCACCUGAGAUGAGCAUCUGUAGUGAAGCCAAGAGGAGAGGACCGUACAGAGCUGCUGACUAUUAGAGUAACAAGCCAAUCUUUCAGAUGGACAACUGUCCAUCAGAUCAGCUAAAGCCAGGCAUAAUUUUAAAUUAGUGAGAAAAGAAGAGAAACACAUCAAUCAUUCUGCAGCCCUUUUGUCAUGUAUCUAUCUUAAUAGUGAAUUUUAAUAAAUUAAAACAUCACUUUAGAGGUCAAAGACUGAAUUUACAGAAACAGUAUUGUUCAAAUUUACUAGCAGACCAUAUAAAAGUAACCAAUAUGCAAACAAACAUUAAAUCAGAGCAGAAUUACUUCACAUCACAGACCUCUUCCUGAGUUGAACUUAUCACCAGACUGGUAACCAUGUGUCCAAAUCACCUGGCAAGGUAUGCAUUCCCAAUAAUAAGGCAACCAAGCGUGUAUUUAUAUAUCUUUAGCAAUCCUGCUAAAGAUCCUGGUUCACAGAUCCUUCAGAACACAGUAAACAAUGGUUUUGUGCAGAUGUUUCUUAAUAUUAAAAAGCAUCCCCCCCC